AUGUCGGUAAGAAUUCGUACGGCACCCGGUCCCGACAGAAUAAGACCAGAACACCUGAAGAACCUUCCGCCAGUACUCAUCAACACCCUGGCGAGGCUCUUUACACGUUAUCUGUCGGAAUGCAAGGUUCCUAAACAGUGGAAGACCAGCAAGACCGUGCUGUUGUAUAAAAAGGGAGAUCCACAUGACAUCGGCAACUAUCGCUCAAUCUGCCUACUGUCCGUCAUCUACAAGCUCUUUACAAGAGUAAUCCUUAAUAGGAUUGAAAAAGUCUUGGAUGAAGGACAGCCAUGUGAGCAAGCAGGGUUUCGAAAAGGAUUCAGCACGAUUGACCACAUUCACACUGUUUCGAAACUCAUCGAGGUAUCACGAGAGUACAAGAUGCCGCUCUGUCUCACCUUCAUCGACUUAAAGAAGGCUUUCGACUCGGUUGAGACAGAAGCGGUCGUGGAAGCCUUGGACAACCAAGGCGUCCCUACUCAGCAUAUAAAGGUACUUCGAGAGUUGUACAGUAACUUCACGACCGGAAUUUCGCCAUUCUACAAGAACAUCAUCAUUGACGUGAAGAGGGGAGUCCGACAGGGUGAUACAAUUUCACCCAAAAUAUUCACAGCCACCCUCGAGAACGCAAUGCGAAAAUUGGAAUGGGACGACAUGGUAGUGAAGGUUGAUGGUCGGCAGCUACACCAUUUGCGCUUUGCUGAUGACAUCGUACUGGUAACACCUAGCAUCAGCCAAGCGGAACGAAUGCUGACCAAAUUCGACGAAACAUGUGGAUGCAUCGGUCUUUAG